AUGAGGCGCGCCGUCCUAUGGCCGCUGACGGGGUUGGCGGUCCUGGUCGGCCUCGCCGUCGUCCUGGCGAUCGCAGGUUGGCUCUAUGUCCACGGCCAAUUCGACACGCCAGGGCCUGCACGCGACGAGCGCACCGUGGUCCUGCCCCCAGGGGCUGGGUGCCUUCGACAUCGCCGAUCGGUGGAGGAGGCGGGCGUCAUCGACGAUCCGGUGCUCUUCGUCGCCGGGCUCUGGCUCGAGGACAAUCAGCAUUCGCUCAAGGCCGGUGAGUACGUGUUCGAGGCGCUGGUCACGCCGCGCGGCGUGAUGGAGAAGCUGGUCGCCGGCGACACCGUCACGCACCGGUUCACCGUGACGGAGGGCAUGACAAGCGCCGAGGUCGUGGCUGCGCUCAGCGCCGCGCCGGUGCUCAUGGGGGAAAUCGCAGCGGUGCCGGCGGAAGGCUCGCUCCUGCCCGAGACCUAUCCACUAUGCGCUCGGCGACAGCCGGGCCGAGCUGAUCGGGCGCAUGAAGAAUGA